GAGAGGCUCCUGACAGAAAAACGUGCGUGGUUGUCCCCACCCCUGGGAGGGGUUGCCGGUGCCGCGCGCGGCCGCCCAGUCGCCAGCGCUCUCUCCUGGGAGGAUCCGCCGCCGGAGGAAGGAGUGGACCCAACCUGGCCGCGGCGCAGAAGUGGCUCCCAAGGAAGCCGGCGCCGGGGCCGCCGCCUCGUGUCCCCUCGGGGCGCAGUGCUUGGGGGUCGGCGGGCCGGAGCCGAGGCGCAGCCGGGGAGCCGGGGGCUGCGGGGCCGAGCGGGCAGCCGCGCGAGGGGGCGGGCGCUCGGCGACCCGGGGGCCGGCUGGGCUGAGCCCCGCGCCCCGGGACGCGGGCUGAAAGCGACGGAGGAGCGCUGCCGCGGGCUGCGGACCAGCGCCGUCCCCCCACGGAGCGAGGCUUCUGCUAUGACAGUUGGGCUCCCCGGAGGGUUAACCUGGGUGUCCUCGGCAAAGUUGUCGCCGAGCCGGGAGCCCGUGUAGGGGCCGCGGCGCCGCGGCUCGGGGGGCGGCCGGGCGGCCGGCGGCGGUCGUGGCUCGGCGGGGCCCGCGCGGCCGGGGGGCUCCUGGGGGUGUGCGCCCCCAGCCGGCUGCCCUCGUGGAUGCCUCCCGGCGGCGGCGGGCCCAUGAAAGACUGCGAGUACAGCCAGAUCAGCACCCACAGCUCCUCCCCCAUGGAGUCGCCCCACAAGAAGAAGAAAAUCGCGGCCCGGAGGAAAUGGGAGGUGUUCCCGGGAAGAAACAAGUUCUUCUGCAACGGGAGGAUCAUGAUGGCCCGGCAGACGGGCGUCUUCUACCUGACGCUCGUCCUCAUCCUGGUCACUAGCGGACUCUUCUUCGCCUUCGACUGUCCGUACCUGGCGGUGAAAAUCACUCCUGCCAUCCCUGCAGUCGCCGGCAUCCUGUUCUUCUUUGUGAUGGGGACCCUGCUCCGCACCAGCUUCAGCGACCCCGGAGUCCUCCCACGAGCCACUCCUGAUGAAGCCGCGGAUCUGGAAAGGCAAAUAGAUAUCGCAAACGGCACCAGUUCAGGGGGGUACCGCCCGCCUCCCAGAACCAAAGAAGUCAUCAUCAAUGGCCAGACCGUGAAACUUAAAUACUGUUUCACCUGCAAGAUUUUCCGGCCCCCUCGCGCCUCCCAUUGCAGCCUUUGUGAUAACUGCGUAGAACGGUUUGAUCACCACUGUCCCUGGGUAGGCAACUGUGUGGGGAAAAGAAACUACAGAUUUUUUUAUAUGUUUAUUUUAUCUCUGUCUUUUCUGACAGUCUUUAUAUUUGCAUUCGUUAUCACCCACGUCAUUCUUCGUUCACAGCAAACAGGAUUCCUAAAUGCCCUUAAGGACAGUCCUGCAAGUGUCCUGGAGGCUGUGGUGUGCUUCUUCUCUGUCUGGUCCAUCGUUGGCCUCUCAGGAUUCCACACCUACUUGAUCAGCUCCAACCAGACGACAAAUGAGGACAUUAAAGGAUCCUGGUCAAAUAAAAGAGGUAAAGAAAAUUACAAUCCCUACAGCUACGGAAAUAUCUUUACCAAUUGCUGUGUUGCCCUGUGUGGGCCCAUCUCACCAAGCCUAAUUGACAGAAGAGGGUACAUCCAGCCCGACACGCCGCAGCCAGCAGCACCCUCCAGCGGUAUCACCAUGUACGGGGCCACGCAGUCACAGAGCGACAUGUGCGACCAAGACCAGUGCAUUCAGAGCACCAAAUUCGUUUUGCAGGCCGCGGCCACCCCCCUGCUGCAGAGCGAGCCCAGCCUCACCAGCGACGAGCUGCACCUACCCGGGAAGCCCGGCCUGGGCACGCCCUGCGCCAGCCUCACACUGGGCCCGCCCACGCCGCCCGCCUCCAUGCCCAACCUCGCCGAGGCCACGCUCGCGGACGUGAUGCCCCGGAAAGAUGAGCACAUGGGCCACCAGUUCCUGACGCCCGAUGAGGCGCCCUCGCCCCCCAGGCUGCUGGCGGCGGGCAGCCCCCUGGCGCACAGCCGCACCAUGCACGUGCUGGGCCUGGCCAGCCAGGACUCCCUGCACGAGGACUCCGUGCGCGGCCUGGUGAAGCUCAGCUCCGUGUGACCCGUGUGGCCCCAGGCUGGGGAGGCACCAGAGGCUCCUCCACGGGCAGCAGGAGUGAGCGGAGGGGUGUGCUCCACAGCGACUCCCCCAGCCAAUGCCACGGUGGAGAUAACAGCCCCAGGUCUGGGGGACAGAGACCACUUAGAACGGCACAGGGCGGCCGGCCCCGGAUGCUGAGAGCUUGGUUUCAUUUGAAUUUUCUUCCCCAACCUGAGUGCUUUGACACCAAUGGAAACAGAGAAGUCGCUGCUUUCUUUUGGUGGGCCUGGGGACGGGGACCCUCCAGGGGUAGAAUCGGAGUGUGUCUGCCCGCCCUUGUGACAGACACACGGAAGGCUUCUGACGCUUGUGGCCAGACUGCAACUGCACUUACGUGUUAUGCUACUAAUAUUUGAAACAGACAUGCCAUUCCAUUUGUUAAUUUUAAAAAAAGAAAAAAAAAAUCCUAAAGGGAAAAAACCGACCAGGUGUGGAUCUGCAUGCCACGCUGCCGUCUGUGUUACAGUGGUGUUGCUGUUUCCAAGGAAGUGCUGCUUUCUUUUUCUUUUUUUAAUUUUGUGAAUUUUUAAGUGCUGUUUUGUUGGAAGACAGUGCAACGAACCGAGACUGAUGGACAGUGUCCUCACUCAGCUUAUUGGGCUGCAGCAUCUGUGGAAAGGUGGCACCAGGGCUGCAGAGGGCGGCUGGGGUUCCGUCGUGUCGGGGGUCAUUUCACCUUCUGUUUGGCCGCUCGAUGAGGUCUCGUGUUGAGGUAUUGUGUGCCGCGCCCCCCACAGUCUUCACCUCCGUGUGUGAUGAAACUUCCCGUGGACAGCCAAUAAAAUGACGUCCUCUGUUAUUUUGGAUCUGCGUACAGUUAUCCUUAAUAGCAUAAAUGAAAACAAAAUCAUCCAGAUGGGGAGAGUUUUUUCUUGAAAUAUCCCUAGUGAGGAAUAGUCCCCAAACAACCAAAAGUCAAAUCUUUGAACUGGGAGAUAUUUAUAGAAUGAUUUCUUAGAUAAGAGGCGAGCUUUCCAUCAUUUUUUUUCUUUAAUUCUCUCUUUUUGACACCAUCUUAGUGGAAUUUGCUCUACGUUUGCAGUUUGCCACGCAACAGUUGAUUGGAAGUAGGGAGAGGGGAGGGGACGCUCAGGGAGAAGGGGUUCUGUCGGGCGUCUUCUGGGCUUCCUUCCGUGUUAAUGUGUCACUCAAUCCCAGAAGUGCAACUUGAGGUCCUAGUAAAGGUAUCAGAAAAUGAGGAGGAGAAAUCGGCUUACGGUUUGGGCUGAGAUUAUGUAGGUCAUCAUCCUUCCCUGGACACUAAUCAGAAUGAAAUUAAGAAAAUGACCACUUUGUUCACUUUCAUUGAUCGCCUAGAAGGGAACUGGCUCUGGACUUAGGGAGUGUGUCACUAUGGAGGCAGCCGCAGGGGACACAGCAACUCCUCUCCUGACUUCUUUCCAGACCAUAAAUCUAACAGCUAAAGCUACUCAAGUUCAAAGCCAUGGCCCUGCGCCUUAUAACCAUAUGAAAGACAAGGCACAUUGACCAUUGAUACAAGUAACCCCAAAUGAUUUGCAUUUAUGGAAAAAGGCUAUUUCUCCUGAGAAAGAGUUGCCAUUUUAUAUAAAAGAAAAGAAGAUAGGAAAAAGAAAAGCACCCAAGUUUUAUUUGGAAUGAAGGCAAUUCACAGGUCACAAAAUAAUUCAUGCUCGAAAGGCCUGCAGAGUUCUUGCACUGUGAUAUCUUCGAGCCAUCUUUGUUUUCACACUGCAUGCACGUAUAGAAAAUGGAAUAGUCCAUUCUGUGUAACCAGUUUUGAUUUUUUGAACCACCUAACUACUUGUACCCACCUGCAAUUUGUAACUAGUGGGGCAGUGCCGUCCUUACACAACCACACACGUGCACAGGCACCAACUCACAGGGAUUCUCCUUGCCCACGCUACCUGUGAGGCUAAAGUGACAGCCCCACAAAGGAGCUUCCACAACUUUCCAAACCGUCUCUGCUCCUUGCCUCCUUCCACCUGCUCCCCAGAAGCCCCAGGAAGGAGUUGGCCCUGAUGAGAAGGGUGUUCCACGGGUGACCGUGAAUCCAGCUCAGCCCUCACUCCGGUCCCAUGUGUGGCCCAGUCCAUUCCCAACUCCUUCCCCUGGAAAGGAAAAUCAUGGUUUUCAGAGGCCUCCCACUUCUAACAUUUCCUAAUUCAGUGGUUGCCGCUCUCCUGUGACCAGCCCUUCUUCCCACCUCAUUAUGAAAAAAUCCCAGAAGCCAGGAUCACCACUCACUUGUCUUCACAUAAUGGACAUUUACUUAAUAUUUAUUAUCAAUUUCCCCACCUCCAACCCUGUCCCUGGUACACACUUGGCAUCAUUUAUCCAAUAGGGGAUUGGGAAUUUUGGUGAAAUGAAUCAAGGCUAUUCAGGGUCAAGAGGGAGAUUAACUUGAAUGGGCCAAUUUGUUAGAUUAUUAAUGUCUUAAAAACCAAAACCAGAGAGAAGCCCACAGCCCUGUCCUCUGUGGCUUGAAAAAGAAACCCAGAAUCAGAGGAAAUGAGCGAUGAUGCCCCCAGGGGCGCCCACUUGUGUUGGGCAGGAGGGAUGGUCGGGGGGCAGCUCACCUGGCGAGGUGAUGACUCUGCAUUUCCCAUGAACCUAUAUGUGACACGUACAUAAAUAUGUAUACACUUAUGUUUGUAAAUGUUGAAUGGUUCCUUCUAGCUGUGGCUGAGUAGACGUUGGUGUUUCUAGCUUCUUUCAGUGUGUUAGCGAUUGAUUACAUGCUAGCUAUAAAAAGUAAAGUAAAUAUUUUACCAUGCUA